AUGUCUGAAACCGCACCUGCCGUGCCUCCCGCUCCUGUCCCUGCCGAGAAGACGCCCGUGAAGAAGAAGGCCCGCAAGUCCGCCGGUGCCGCCAAGCGCAAGGCGUCCGGGCCCCCGGUGUCCGAGCUCAUCACCAAGGCCGUCGCCGCGUCCAAAGAGCGCAGCGGCGUGUCCCUGGCGGCGCUCAAGAAGGCGCUGGCGGCCGCCGGCUACGACGUGGAGAAGAACAACAGCCGCAUCAAGCUGGGCCUCAAGAGCCUGGUGAGCAAAGGCACCCUGGUGCAGACCAAGGGCACCGGCGCCUCGGGCUCCUUCAAGCUCAACAAGAAGGCGGCCUCCGGCGAGGCCAAGCCCAAGGCCAAGAAGGCGGGCGCGGCCAAGCCCAAGAAGGCGGCCGGGGCGGCCAAGAAGCCCAAGAAGGCCGCGGGGGCCAGCGCCCCCAAGAAGAGCGCCAAGAAGACCCCCAAGAAGGCGAAGAAGCCCGCGGCGGCGGCUGUCGCCAAGAAAGUGGCCAAGAGCCCGAAGAAGGCUAAGGCUGCCAAGCCCAAGAAGGCGGCUAAGAGCCCAGCCAAGGCCAAAGCCCCGAAGCCCAAGACAGCCAAGCCUAAAGCGGCCAAACCCAAGAAGGCGGCCGCCAAGAAGAAGUAAGACAAUAUGGAGUAGUUUAGAAUCUUUAAAGGCUCUUUUCAGAGCCACCCCAGAUCUCAAAAAAAGAGCUGUUGCACUCUGCAGGGGAAGGGGGCGUGGCGGGAAGGA